GAGGGAGCCAUAAUGACUGUUACUACUCCCAGUGUAAAUCAGUUUCACGGCGCGAGAGGACGCGUGCAGGGGAUUUAAAACGCCCCGCUGUUCCGCCACAGACUAUUUGAUUAUUGUUAUUCGAUUAGUCUGAUUUUUGAUUUUUUAAAAUUAUUAUUAUUAUUUAAAUAUGACUAUGCGGUAGUCCGCGCUCCCUGGAAGUUUCUUUUUCCGCGGAUACCGUCUCGCACUUCUGCGGGGGCUAUGGCGGUGGACGCGCGAGCGGAGCUGGUGGGCAAGCGCUUCCUCUGCGUGAGCGCCGGAGAGUCGCUCGAGCUCGGCGGGAUCUCGCGCUGGAGCUGGCGCGCCGGGGUGGUUCGUGCCGUCGCGAUCCGCGACGGCGACGGUCCCACCACGUCGGUGUGUGUGGAGUGGGAUGGAGAGUCAGCUGCCGAGCACCACUGGAGGAGGUUCUGGGAGGAGUGGGAGGUGUUUGUGCUGGAACAGGAGCUGGUGUGGGCCAGGAGGAGCAACUCACAGGAGAACAGCACUCCACACCCAGCCCUGGUUUUUAAGCCUUUAAUUGGCCAGGCGCUGGUGGGCGGGGUGUCUGUGGUAGAGUUCCUCUCUGACAGACAGCUGGAGUUCUACACCGAACCAGAAGACCUUCGUCCAUAUGAGGGAGAUGUGGAUAGUGGGAGUGCAGCCCUCGGCGCGGUUCCUCCAGGCUGGGAGCAGGUCCAAGCCUGGCUCAGGCAGCGUCAGCUCCGGAACAUUCUUCAGCUAGGGCGCGGCUGUCUGAGGGGCCUCAGGGUGAAGGUGUUCAGACAUGACCCCAAACCGCAGUGGCUCACCGGUGUCAUCAGUCACCAUGACAACAACAAAAAUACCAUGACCAUCCUGAGCGACCAGCUGGCAGAGCCUGUGAGUGUAGACCCGGGCCUGGUGCAUGUGCUGGUCCUGGACGACAUCAGUCACACACUGCAGACAGGAGAGAACGCUGCUGCAAAACGCAAACCUCAGACCAACAAGAGCAACAGGAUGAUCCUGAACACAGUUAACAAGUCAAGCAACAUUACAGCAACGGACCAGACAUGCAGCCUGGGGCCAGGACAGAGGAGGCUGAGGUCUCUGGCGUGCAGUCCGGCGGAGGGAGACGUCGCAGGGGUGCAGGAUCAGGACGGAGCUCCUCCAGCUCCAGCAGAUCCCUCCAGGAGCAGGAUCAGCACCGGUGAGAGGAAGAGGAGGCGGGUCGGUGAGGAAGACGACCGGGACGUGAAGGAGAAGAGGAGAGGCGGGCUGAAGCGACUGAAGGAGGGUGGCGGCUCAGAUCUGUCCAAUGGCAGCGAGGAGGAGGAGGAGGGCGGCAGUGGGCGGAGCUUGCCGAUUGCCCCUGCGCCGAAGAGCCUGACGAGGAAACACUGCGCUUCAAAGAAGCCAGAUGACAGCGAGACGGCCCACAAUCCCGCGGGGCUUCCGGGACGGGAGCCGAAGGCUCAGACCUCCCCCAGCAGCAGGGAGCUCUCUCCCAGCCAAUCGGCAGACAGCGAGGGAGGGCAGGUGGCGAAAAGCCCGCCCCCUCGUGUCCAUUUGACUAGCGUGUCCUGCAACGGUACUGUCCCGAACCCUGGGUCGCCGCAGUGCACCGAGGGACCGGACUGCGCCAAGGUAGAGGAGGGGAGAACAAAUGGAGGGAUAGAGAUGGAGGACAGGAGCGAAAGAGCAUCCCAGGAGGAUUCGGAGGCUGUCUCUGCCUUGCUGGCCUCCCAGGAGAAUGAGCAGCUGGCUACCAUGGAAACGGCGUGCGUGCUGUUGCACACGUCACCGCCGGAGUGUGAGGCGGUGGAAGGUGAUCAGGAGAUCCUGUCUGGUGACCCAGAGGUCAGAGGGUCAGAGCUCAGUCACCCGGAGGCAAUCGUCCCAGCAGUUCCGGUGGAGGAGGAGCCCAGCGAAGCCGUGACCCACUCUUCCGACCUGCCUUGUAUCACGGAGGCGGACAACGAGAAGGGAUUGAUACGGAGCGCCAGUCCUGAACGUGACGCCGCGCUUGUUUCCGAAACCUCCCACAAGCCCGCUGUGUACCCCAGCCCUUGCCCCUCCGCUGCGGUCAUCUCCAGACCUCCGGCUCUCACAGAGACAUCCAGGCUGCAGCAGCACGCCCCUCCCGAGGCUGCCGGGGUCAAAGAGGGAGGCUCUCCGGCUGAAGUCGACCUGGAGAAAUCUCGCAAGGCCCCUAAAAGCACACCUGCUCCCAAAGCAAGCCAAGUCCCAACCCCAAAUCGCCCCACUGUCCCCUCUCCUACACCGACCGCCACGGAACAAGAACCGCCCCGUGGAUCCAGAACCCCACCUCAGAGUCUCCCCCACAACCCCAAUCGCACCCCCACGCCAGACAAGCCCGCCAACAGCCCGCUGAUCAUCGACCGGCAGGAGCCCUUCACCGUGUACAGAGACCCAGCCCUCGUGAGGAAAGACCUGGAGCACCUCCCCACCUACAUCCAGCGCCCCCGCACCCCACCCAACCCCCAGGCCAAGCACCACCUCGAGAGCCCCUCUCCCUCCUCCACCACCUCCUCCCACAGCAAAAUCCUCAGCCCCUCUGCCCACCUGUCGGCCCUCCCUCUACCGCCCCAGGCCCCGCUCUGCUCCACACACCCCUCCAUUCCGCACCCCCACCUCCUGCCCUCUCUCCUACCAGGCCUGCCCUCGUCCUCUGCGCUCCUAUCUGGCCACGCUCGUCUGGGACCCCUGGGUCUCCCGCACCACCCGCUAGCCUUGCAGCCUGCCCCCUCCCUCCUGGGCCAGAGCCCUGGCUCUGCCCCCCUGGCUCCCCUGGGCCUGUACCCUCUCCUGUGGUCCACGUUCCCCAACGGGGCCCACGGUUACAGCCUGGGCCUUCAGGGCACUAAGUGGACACCCUCGGAGAAUGCAAGCUCGUCCGAGACCGGCCUGAGAGGGAACACACCCAGCCCAUGGCUCCCUCAGCCCACUCCUGUGUCCAGUGCCGAAGGUCAGGGGUUACGACCCCCGCUGCCUGUGCGCCCCUCCAGCGCUGACACCCAGAGGGCGAACAGGGGGGUCCAACCCAUCUCCCCUUCUUCCAAAACCACCGAGGAACUGGAGAGGAGAGUCUUCAGUGAGACACGGAGCACUGCCCACUCCCCCCUGAAAGCGGAGCCAGAGCGGGUCAGGGCGGGCGUAGCAAAGAACGGGCACGCCUACCGCCCGGUGGCUCCAGAGUCCGCCUCCAGUCGGCCCAAACAGCCCGCGAUGGUGUACGACCUCACAGGGGACCGGACCGGCCACUACCAUGAGCAGAGCCGGCGCAUUUUGCAAGAGAGCCUCAAGGUGGUGCCGUUCACGGCCAAGCUGGGCUCGGACCGGGACCCACGCUACCCUAAGAGCCCUACGACCUCACUUCACUCCAAGGAGCGAGAGAGGGAGCAGGAGAGAGAGAGGGAGCAGGAGAGAGAGAGGGAGCAGGAGCGAGAGAGGGAGCAGGAAAGAGAGAGGGAGCAGGAGAGAGAGAGGGAGCAGGAGCGGAAGAUGCAUGUGCUCCGCCACUCCCUGCCACCCAGACCCCAGUCGGCCCAUCCCUCCCCCACGCUCACCCAGAGCAGCUAUUAUGCCCCUGCAGGGGGGCGUGGCGAGAACAAGCAGCCGGGCCACCGGGCUCCGCCCAGCACAGAGCUGUACGAGAGGCUGAGCGGCUCGAACGCAGUGCCUGGCACGCACAGCGCCGUCAAAGCCAAGCCCCCCCCACUGGUGAAGCGCCAUCCCGAGAAAGAGGAAGGACCCCUGGGCAGGAUGGCCAAUCAUUCAGCCGGUAAAGCUGUCUCCAACGAGCUGGCGCAGCUCGGUGUCGUGGAGAGGAAGGGCCCAUGCGCUUCUCUCGUCUCUGUCUCCGCGUCCCCCUCUCGGGCCGUGCCUUCACUUCACCGCGCACCCAUAUUCCACCCUCCGGCCCCGCCCAUUAUGGCAUCGAAAGAGGUGGGGCAAGGUCGAUUGUCUCCGCCCACUCUGACACCCAUCCAGCCAAUGAACUUGUUUGGAAAGGGCCAAAAUCAGCAAAGGCCGCCCACGCUCGUGCCCGAGCUCCGACAUGGAGCGGUCGCUGGAAAGAGGCCGGUCCCAGAGCCUGUAACCAUGACAAGCCAAACUUACGACCUGCAGAGGAGCGGAGCUUUUCCCAGCAGGGAGAGAGCAGGGGGCCGCAGUGUGGUGAAUGGGGGCGUGGUCACCCCACAGACCGCCUCCGCUUCCGUCAUCGUCCAGCCUUGCAGCUACAUGCACAUGGCCCUGAGUUACACCGUCAAUGACAGGCCAGCAUCCCGUGUCCAGUGCGACCACAUGCCGAACACACACGCCAAGGAAGGUGGUGUGCAGUGCAAGAGGGGAAUCCUGUGGACCCCCAUGGACACCGUGCACCCCAUCAACAUGGCCACCUCAAAGCAGGACAUGAACACGCCCUUGAACAUGACCACCAAGAAUAUGGGUUCCACUCCCUUUUCAAAUCACGGGGUGAAAUAUUCCACAAACAUAGACACGCCGCACUCAAGAAGAGAUGUGAUAUCCGAACGAUGCAAGAAGGAGGAAAUCGCUACGGUUCAGCCAAAGGUGUCGCCAUCCUUCAGCUCGUGCUUCCGUCCUAGAGACCCCCCCCAUGUGAAGAAGCGCAGAGCUGGGCUGGCUGCUCCAGAACCAAGGCACCACAUACACACAGUCCAGCCCCUACACACUACACACGUCUCGAACGCUACCAAGAGUGCUUUGCACACCUCACACAGUAGGUACGGCACUUACCCUACACACGGCACACACACCGUAUGCACUGCGCGCACUAUGGACCAAGAGAAGGAGUCCGGAUUCAAUCCCAGCCCGCCCAAAUGCCCCAGGUUGGCCCCUGAGGUCAUUGGUACUGGAGCUGUAACCAAGACAAGCUCAUUGGUCACGUGUCAGCAAGCGGCCCCUGCCCCUCAUACCAACCAACCUGCUCAGUCUGGACAGAACAAUUACCACAAGCUGAAAAAAGCCUGGCUCACGCGCCACUCUGAGCAGGACAGAGGUAGUGUGACCUCCCAGGCAGCAGGGGGCAGUCAGACGGACGCCACGCUCAACGCCUCAACUAGCAUCUCUCUGCCAACCAAACCAGAGGUCAAUGGGAUAGACGACAAGUUUGCCAACAAAGAGGGCAAAGAAUCUUGCCUGGACAGCAGGAAGCUCAAACCUCUGGACAGGAAAUACCCUCCAGAAGACAGAAAGUUCAACGGAACAGAUACAAAGGCCAACACAGAGGACAUAAACCCUCUUCUGGGGGAUCAGAAAGCUUCCUGUGAGGAUAUAAAACCCAUCUUGGACAGAAAUGGCUUGGAGGACAAGAUGCCAAGCUCCCUGAACAAGAAGUUCUGCGCUAACGAGAGGAAGCUAAGCCCAGUGAACUUCAAGUCAGGGAAGGACGGUCACGAGGAGAAAAGGAAUUUCCUGCCGAACUUCCAAAUCGAGGGUGGAGGGGACAUGGCCCAUGAGCUCGAGAGUCACAAGCUGGGGCCACUGUGCAAAUGGCAGGCCAAACCUCCCUCCGCAAAGAAGCAAGAGCAGCAACCGAAGAGGAGAGAGGAGAACGAGAGACAGGAGGACGAGGAUGAGGAAGAGGAGGACGACGACGACGAGGGGCAACCUAACGGAACACUACGAACUGCCAAAGAGAAAUCUCAGAAUCGACUGUCCAAUAGCAAUGGCAUCCCUCGCUCUGUGCUGAAGGACUGGAGGAAGGUGAAGAAGCUGAAACGGACUGGCCAGGCCUUCCUGCAGGACGAUUCGUGCGCUGAGAUUGGCGCCAACGUGCAGAAGUGCCGCGAGUGCCGUCUGGACCGCUCGCGUAAGGCGCAGGAGCCCGCCGUCUCGCCUGUCUUCUGCCGCUUCUACUACUUCCGGCGGCUGUCAUACAGCAAGAACGGAGUGGUGCGCGUGGACGGGUUCUCCGUGGCAGAGGAGAGCGGCGAGGAGGCGGUGAGGGUCUGGAUGGCAGGCUUUGAAGAUGAGGAGAAGGAGAGGAGAGAGAUGGAGCCAGACACGGCCAAAUACAUCCUCACCCUCGUCGGAGACAAGUUCUGCCAGCUCGUCAAGACCGAGAACACUGCUAGCAGCUGGGUCAAAAAAGACACCCAGGUGAUGUGGAAGCGUGCCGUGCAGGGUGUGAGGGAGAUGUGUGACGCAUGUGAAGCCACUCUGUUCAACAUGCACUGGGCCUGUCACAAAUGUGGCUUCGUAGUGUGCAUGGACUGUUACAAAGCCCGUGAGAGGAAGCGUGCCAAAGAUAAAGAACUGUAUGCUUGGGUCCGAUGUGUGAAGAACCAACCCCAUGACCUAAAGAACCUGAUGCCCACUCAGAUUGUCCCAGAAACAGUGGUAGAAGAGCUCCAGAGGUCUGUACACUCUGUGAGGAGGGAGUACGGGAUUCCCGCUCACUGCUCCUGCUCCGGGGUCCAUGCGCUCCCUCCCAAACUCGGCACCACCAACGGCCUCUCGCAGCUAUCCGAGACAUCGCCGUGUGACUCACGGAACCUGCAGGGCUCACCGCAGGUCCCUGAUCAACACAAGAGUGCCCGGGACCUAGCUAACAGGACCCCUGCUGAGAGACGCCCAAAGCCUGAGUGUGAUGCCGUGGAGGCUCUGGGCAGGAAGCCCAACAGCCCAGAGCAAGGCUCCACCCUACGUGACCUCCUGACCUCUACAGCUGGGAAACUGCGCCUGGGCCCCACUGGUCCUGGAAUUGUCUUCGCACCAGUGUACAGUGGCACAGGCCAGACAGCUCCGAAUGUCCGUGUGCCCAACCUCCUGGAUGACAUCAUUGCCUCCGUAGUGGAGAACAAGAUUCCCGCCUCUAAGAUGGCCAGACUCGGGCUGAAGCAGGAUGUGUUGGCGGAAGAGAAGGCGGGGCUGGGAACGGAGGAGGCGAAGCCUGAUCCAAUCUUAUUGGCUGACCCCCAUGCCAGUGUCCCUCAUGAUUGGAUAGGCAGUCACCGUCUGCUCUGGCUUAAAGAUCACCGUCACCUAGGCAACCAAAGACUGUUCAAAGAGAACUGGACACAAGAGCAGCCGGUCCUGGUCUCCGGGCUGCACCAGAGUCUGACGGCCAGCCUGUGGAAGCCAGAGCUCUUCUGCCGGGACUUCUCUGGUCUCCACGGUGACCUGUACAACUGCCGGGACGGCAGCGUCAUUAACACCCACGUCAAGGAAUUCUGGGACGGCUUCGAGGAUGUGUCUAAGAGACCCAGGACUGGUAGAGGCGACCCUGCGGUGUAUAGAUUGAAGGACUGGCCGUCGGGAGAGGAGUUCCUGGCUCUCAUGCCAUCCAGGUACGAGGAUGUGAUGAGAACUCUCCCGGUUCCAGAAUACACGGGUCCGAACGGCACCUUCAACUUGGCAUCUCGCUUGCCCUCAUUCUUUAUCCGACCAGACCUGGGACCUCGCCUCUGCUGUGCUCAUGGUGUGACUGCAUGCCCAGAGCAGGACUUUGGAACCAGCAAUCUGCAUGUUGAAAUCUCUGACACCAUGAGUGUUCUGGUGUAUGUGGGACUUGCCAGAGGCAGUGGUGCUCUCUCCAAAUCAGGAGUACUGAAGCUCCUCGAGAGAGAAGCUCUAGAUGAGAGUGCGAGGAGGAGACUGAGGGACCCCAGCGAGACUCCUGGAGCUCUGUGGCACAUCUUCCUGAGUAAAGACCUCCAGAAGAUCCAGGAUUUCCUGCAGACGGUCUCGGCCGAGCAUAGCGAGGCAGACGGCGAGGCGGACUCGGAAGCCGAGUGGGACGGUGAAGUGGACCCCCUCCGGGAGGGCAGCUGGUACCUGAGCCCCGAACUCCGGCAGAGGCUCCUGGACAAGCAUGGCGUGGAGGGGCGCACGCUGCUCCAGUUUCACGGAGAUGCCGUCAUCAUCCCUGCUGGGGCAGUUCACCAGGUGAUGAAUCUACACAGUUGCAUCCAGGUGAACGUGGAUUUUGUUUCGCCUGAACACGCCCACAACUCUUAUUAUCUGACCCAGGAGCUCCGCCCCUUCAAAGACCAAGUCAAUUACGAGGACAAAUUACAGGUGAAGAACAUCUUCUACCACUCUGUGAAAGACGCAGUGGCCACACUGAGCAGGCACCUGAGGGAGCAAAGUGCCAAGGACGUGAAGGAGGAAGAGUCCUGACACCGUCCCUCUUCUUCCUCGCCCUAGCCCCAAGGCGCAUGACGCCAGGUGCCGACGGUCUCCGAACACGCCGUCGGGGAACAGCUGCUCUGAGAACCAAAGCGGGAGCUGCAGACUUCACACAGGCACAGCGAAACAAAAAAACAAAAAACACUCCUUUGCUUCCGUGCACAGACCCACCACGUCCUCCGUGAUAUCACCGUCUUCUCUUUGAUCUUAUUGUGUUGGCGUCUCCCCUUCCCCUCCCCCGCCGCCACACACACGCACGCGAUACCACCCCCUGUAACUUCCUGCUUGGACAGGAAGUGAGCUAAGGGGUUGAGUCAUGGCUAGACAGCGGGACAAAUGGAAGCGGAACCGCCAUGACCAUCACUUUCAAGAUCUCACGUGUGCCGUGUGAACAGUGGGCUACAGCAAACCAGUGACAACGGAUAACACCGCAGGGUUUUCUUUUUCUUCCUUUAGUUUGUUUUUUUUUAAACCCUCCAAGACAUAUUGUUAAUCAGUAGUUAUCAUGCUGCUAACUGUUAGCUACUCUGUCUGCUGAGCUCCAGACAGCGGAGAGCAGCUUAAGCCAACACAACCACAACAGCUUUCUGUCGUGUCGGCCAGCACCAAGCUGUUAGCGAUUAUUGUUUAUGUUCAGAGGCGUUAUUAAAUUAUUAACAGUUUGGCAGGUAUUCACUGUGCAGAAGGAAAAUACAAAAGAAUUUGCAGUAUAUAAUGUGUUUAAGAAAAAAAAAAAGAUCUUGUGAAAUUUUCAUCUGAAAUAUAUGUAAAUAGCAGAAUAUACAUAUAUAAUAUAUUAAUUAUGAUUUUUCUAUAACAUGGUGUGCUUUAUUUGCUGUGUGUGUUGUUUGCUACUGUAUGUACAUGGAAGUUAAAGAGAUGUUUUACAUUUUCCAUUAAAAAUAGAUCAAUCGAUCAGUA